UUUUCUUUUUUUUUUUUUUAAAAAAAAAAAAAAACUUCUCUUUUUCUUUCUCUUCUUCUUCUUUAAAAAAAUGACAACCAAUACUGAGGAAGAGGAUUCACAAGAAAAGAAUUCGUCUGUUGUCCUAACAACAAGUAAAUUCACUUUUCUUGAACCGAAUCUCGAUCUCAUGACGAAUUUUUCUAGCAAAUCACCUAUUAACAAAAAAGAAUAUAAAUUACCUAGUUUUUCCAAUUCAAAUGCCUACUUGCUAGCGGUAGUAGAACAACCUCAGCAAUGUCGAAUGUCUGGCUAUGGCGAAAAGGACAGGCGUCCCAUUGACCCUGCACCCAUUGUCAAACUCAUCAUUUUAAAUUGUGACCAGGACAAUAUCGAAGAUGAAUUGGAAAGUCCCUUCUAUGUAGUUCAUGUCUCAUUGUAUUCAGAAGAUAUGCAAACCCAACACGAUUUAAUUCAAGGUGCGGCUGUACCUCAUAGCGUACGCUUCCUUGUAGGUUCACUUGUCAGUUCACCCAGUAUAUUAAAAAACCUACAAGAUGAAAAAGGCUACUAUUUUGCCUUUCCUGAUCUAAGUGUUCGAAUGACAGGUCGAUAUCGACUUCAUUUCAACCUAAUUCAUUUAGCCAUGUAAACCAAUCAUAUUGUCAUCAUCAUACACACACACAAAAAAAAAUUAGACUAAACCUAAUGUUUCCUAGGAACAAGGUCAUUACCGAAGUUUUUUCUGAUCCGUUUACUGUUUAUUCUGCCAAGGCCUAUCCGGGAAUGAAAGGAUCAACUGAAUUAUCAAGGCACUUGGCCAAACAAGGUUUAAAGCUAACUGUACGCACCCAAAUUCGUACCAAAAAGAAUUAAAACUCAAAAACCUUAAAAAAAAAUAAUAUAAUAAAAA